AUGGCAGGCUUCCGUCGAAUAUUCUCUACCGUUCAUGUUUUGUUCAUUGCUGUUCUAAUCCAAUCCGUCUCGUCUCAAACAGCAGUAACGAACAGAAUCAUCAUUAAAGCGUAUCCAUCGGAUGGUGCGGUUCUCGGUGAGAAAACCACCCUCGAAUAUGAGGCACCAACAAACGAUCCCGUGAAGAUCGAGCUCUUCUGGGAUGGUUCGUUCAACGCAACCGUCGGGAGCGGGACGGACGGCUCCUUCGAUUGGACUCCAUCCACCUCUCUGGUAGCAGGACCCGAUUACUACCUGACGUUCAGCCAAUCCAUAAGCAACUCCGCCCUAGGGUUACUGAAUUGGUCGGACCCGUUCCCACUGCUGAGAAAAACGGAGAAUGGGAUAGUCACUUCUGACGGACCGACUAAUUUGCCAUCCUCGACGUCGUCAUCCGUACCAUCUUCUUCACCAACCGGAGAGACAUCAUCCCCUUCAUCCGACACAGCUGGCAAAACCGGUCUGUCAAUCGGCGAGAAAGUCGCCAUUGGCAUCACUGUACCCAUCGCCGUGAUUAUCCUCAUCGCUGCCGCCUUCUUUUUCGGUCGACGGAGAGCUGCAAAACGAAAGUCUGCGGUGGCUGAACCGUAUACUGAGAAGCCAGAAUUGGAUGGAACUGCGAAAGAGCAUGAUAUAUUGGAUGGACGAGAGGUCGUCGCGUGGGAGUUAGCCGCACAGGACAGUGGAAGAGACGGGAAAGCAAGAGGGCCGGUGAGUGAGUUGCCUUGA